AUGGCGUCAACUCACGACGACUCUUUAGCCUUGCGUCAUAAUGUUGAAAUGGAUUUGGAGCGGUCAAGAAAGAAUACUUCAAAGGACGACAGUCGAGAUUUGUGUUUAGCAACGAAAGAUCAAUCAAAUCGCCAUCAUCUUGAAGCUGCCAGUGAUAUACUUGAAUUGGGAAUACCACUUUCAAUGGAGGAUAAUUGCAGAGCCGAUCACGAUCAUUCAGAUCCUACAAUUACCAUAUCAUCUACCAGUAAAUUGGCAGGUCAAACCGUGGCUCCAUUCCUUGCGAAACAUAUUCCAGAACAAUACGCUCCUCUUGGACAUCCACAAUCUACCUCGUCGUCACGGAAGGAUCCAAAUACAAAAUACUGUUAUCGACAUCGACCAGAUUCGAAGUGUCGAAGGUCCGCAGAUGAACCUACCAUGGAGAAUCUACAAAGAGAACUUGAAACCUUGUCGCAAUCAGAUCAACAAGGAAUAUCUCACGUCUGGACACUCUUCUCUGCCGCGCCAUCCAAACAUCGAAACCUUAUGCUACAGGGCAUCCUAUCACAAUGCUGCUUUCCACAAUUAUCCUACCUCUCAUCCGCGGUCAAGAACCUCAUUCGAAUCGACUUUGUUACCGCUUUACCUUCCGAAAUUUCCUUUAAGAUCCUCUGUUACCUCGACACAACAUCCUUAUGCAAAGCUGCGCAAGUUAGUAGACAAUGGCGAAUCAUGGCGGACGAUGACGUAGUUUGGCACAAAAUGUGUGAGCAACAUAUUGAUAGAAAAUGUACAAAAUGUGGAUGGGGUUUACCAUUGCUGGAACGAAAACGAUUAAGAGAUUGGAAACGACAACAACAAUUAAGAGCGACAGGUCUUGGUCUUAACGAUCGGUCACCUCGAAUUACACCCAUGCCAGAUAAUUUACGCAAUACGGAAACAAGUGUUGUGAAAUUGAAUGCUUCGGGGAAGAGAAGCGCCACUGAGUCAGAAAGCUCAGAGGAAGGUCCAAAGAGACAGCGGACCAAUCCAGAGGAAUCAUGUUUCGGGAGACCAAAGUUUCGACCUUGGAAGGAUGUAUAUAAGGAUAGGUUUAAGGUUGGAACGAAUUGGAAGUAUGGACGGUGUUCAUUAAAAAUAUUCCGAGGUCAUUCAAAUGGUGUCACUUGUUUACAAUUUGAUGACAAUAUCCUUGCCACUGGAUCAUAUGAUGCGACUAUCAAGAUUUGGGAUAUUGAAACGGGGGAAUGUUUACGAACUUUACGGGGUCAUACAUCUGGCAUUCGAACUUUACAAUUUGAUGAUACCAAAUUGAUCAGUGGGAGCCUCGAUCGAAGUAUUCGGGUUUGGAAUUGGCAUACCGGGGAGUGUAUGUCAUCUUAUCCAGGUCAUACGGAUGGAGUUGUUGGUCUUCACUUCGAAGGGAAUAUUCUUGCCUCAGGCUCUGUCGAUCGAACAAUCAAAAUUUGGAACUUUGAAGAUAAAUCCACAUUCGGUUUACGAGGUCACAAGGAUUGGGUAAACGCAGUCAAAGUUGAUUCGGCUUCACGAACAGUAUUCUCUGCCUCCGAUGAUUGUACCAUUCGACUUUGGGAUCUCGACACUCGACGUACGAUUAAGAUUUUUGAAGGUCAUGUGGGUCCUGUUCAACAAGUUACUAUUCUUCCACCCGAGUACGAGUUUGAUGAUGUAGACGUUGAAGAGGCAGAUGACGGAACAUCAAGUAUAGCAUCAUCAACCGAUCUCAAUCGCCCCAUAAACGAAACCUGUUCUUCCUCCCAGACAUCUUCUCUUUUCGACUCUUGGCCAGCAGGACGUCCCCGUCCACCCCGCUACAUUCUCACCGGAGCUCUCGACAAUAAUCUCCGUCUUUGGGAUGUAUCGACAGGUCGUUGUCUCAAAACUCUCUUUGGUCACGUGGAGGGUGUAUGGGCUCUUGCAGGUGAUACAUUAAGAGUGGUGAGUGGCGCUCAAGACAUGAUGACGAAAGUUUGGGAUGCGAGGACGGGUAAAUGUGAUCGUACGUUUACGGGUCAUAGAGGACCAGUCACGUGUAUUGGCUUGAGUGAUAGUCGCAUGUGUACGGGGAGUGAGGAUUGUGAGGUUAGACUUUAUAGUUUUAAGGGAGAAAAGGCGGAGACGGCUGAUACAGAUACGGGGUUUAUUGAGGAGGUUGCGUUGUGA